ACGUGCUUUGCGUUUCGUCUGCGCAUGACGUCAUCGACGUCGAGAGGUGUUUGUUCUGGAUUCUGGGAAAGAAAGAGCCCGCGCGCCUUGACAACCGAAUAAAUAAGGACGCUGUGAGCUUCAGACACCUGGGAAGACCGCGCUUUCCAUCACACCUGUGUCGUUCUUCUGGACUUCUGAGACACGGCCGCCUCUCUUUUGAGUGGUGCCUGGGAAGAUGACCGCUCUCAGAUAAGAGACUCUACACGGAAGAGUUAAACAUGGAGACCUGGGGUGGACACACAAUGGGGCGAAGUGCCUGUGGCAACUGGGCCGUUGUGCUGCUGAGAGGGGGAGGGGGCGGAGAGAAGACCGGCACACAGAGGAGCUAACGCAGCCAGCCAGCCCUCCCUCCUGCCCGCCCGCCCGCCUGACUGACUGCCGGCCCAAGGCCUCUCCUCCUCCUUCACUGCUGCCUGGGCUCAGGCUUGCGUUCGCUCGCGCUCUCUCACUCGCUCGCUGUCGGUUGGUCGUCAGUUCUUUUCUCGCUAGCGCCGUCCGGCCUAGGACGCCCAGCUCUUGGGCUUCCUUCAGACGUUUUUCUCUCGGAAAAAGGGGAAAUUCCACCCCCUCCUUCGGCGCAGCACUAUGGAUUAAUAUCAGCCUGUGUGUGUGAGAGUGUGGUGGCUCAAUGGAUUUCUUUGGGAUAUACCAGUCCAUGCCGGAGAUCUUGAGAAGGAACCCUUCCUGUACUUUGGACUAACCAGAAGGGAGAGCAAACUUUUCUUUCCUUUUCUUCCUCUUCCCCACCUUUCCUCUCUGCUCCUUUUGUCAUUCAGUUUCGUUUUGCGUCUCAGCGGAGUUCAUAAAUGGAUUACAAGAUGCAUUCCAAAUCAAAUGAUCUGCUGGAUUUUCAGACACUGGAUGCCCUUUUGGAAAAAAUUGCACACUAUUCUGUGGCUGUGAAAAGAGAGCCCAGCGAGGAGUGCAAUGGAAUCAGCGGUCCUCUCUCUGUGGAGCCCGCGCCCGGCUCGCGGCUGAACGAGUGGUGUCCCGCCGGCCUUCCCUCCGCCCCUGUGCCCGCACCGCACCUCGCCAGCAUGGGGGACGGUCUGGACGCAGCGCAGAUGUCUGGUCACAGCAGCGGCAGUGGUGGCCAGGGGCAGCUCUCUGCCCAGCCGACGGUCCCCACCCACAACCCGCCUGCCCCCGAGACCUCCAACCCCCUUCGGCCCAAGCGCCAGACCAACCAGCUGCAGUACCUGCUCAAGGUGGUUCUCAAGUCCCUGUGGAAGCACCAGUUCUCGUGGCCCUUCCAAGCUCCCGUAGAUGCAGUCAAACUCAGCCUGCCUGAUUACUACAAGAUUAUUAAGUGUCCUAUGGACAUGGGAACAAUCAAGAAGCGGCUAGAGAACAGCUACUAUUCUAAUGCCCAAGAAUGUAUCCAAGACUUCAACACCAUGUUCACCAACUGCUACAUCUACAACAAGCCCGGGGACGACAUUGUCUUAAUGGCGGAGGCCCUGGAGAAGAUGUUCCUGCAGAAGAUUUCCGAGAUGCCCACAGAGGAAACGGAGAUCACUGUGAUGACGGGCAAAGGUCGUGGCCGCGGCAGGAGCCGGGAUCCAGGCCUUAACUUGAAACCGGGCUCCGGCAUGGACUCCCCGUCGACAACCCCCCACACGCGCGGACUGUCCAGUAUGACCCCGGGACCGCAGACCCGAGGCCCGCCACCACAGGGCCCGCCCCUGCUACCUCCCCAGCUACCUCCCCAGCUGCCUCCCCAGCUGCCUCCCCAGCUACCUCCCCAGCCCGCCAUGCAGCCCAUGCCCUUGCGAGUGCCCCCCAUGCUCCCUACGCACGCACCCCAACUCGGGCCGCCUUACUCGCUGGGCCCUCUGGACUGUGCCCCCCAGGCGCCCCCCAUCAUAACGUCGGUGCCUCCUCCCCCCGCCCAGACCACCCUGCCGCCCCCACCCAUCCAGCAGAGCGCCGCGGCCACCCUCCAGAGCGUCUCCCUCCCGCAGCCCAAACUUACAGCACGUUUUCCCAGAAGCCAGAAGCGGAAAGCAGACACGACGACGCCCACAGCCAACGACCAGCUGAGCGAGUCCUCGCCGGCCGAGUCCAAGUCGGGCAAGACGCUGCGGGGUGCUACAAUGCGGCCCACCAAGCUGCCCAAGAAGGAGGCACCGGACUCGCAGCACCACCUGGGCCUUCUGGCCACAGGCGGCGGCGCGCACAGCCCCAAGCAGCAGGAGCAGAUGCGCUACUGUGCCGGCAUCGUCAAGGAGAUGUUCGCCAAGAAGCAUGCCGCCUACGCCUGGCCAUUCUACAAGCCCGUGGACGUGGAUGCACUGGGCCUGCACGACUACCACGACAUCAUCAAGCAUCCCAUGGACCUUAGCACCAUCAAGGUUAAACUGGACAACAGGCAGUACCGGGACGCACAGGAGUUUGCAGGUGACGUCCGGUUAAUGUUCUCCAACUGCUACAAGUACAACCCUCCCGACCAUGAAGUGGUUUCUAUGGCACGGAAACUACAGGACGUUUUUGAGAUGCGCUUUGCAAAGAUGCCGGACGAGCCUGAGGAGACGUUGACUCCCGCGCCGGCUCCCAUUCUUCACCCAGCACCUAUCAAGACGCAGCCUCCCCUGGCCCCUGUGUCCUCCUCGGACUCCUCCAGUGACUCUUCCUCGGAGUCGGACUCCUCCACGGACGACUCUGAGGAGGAACGCGCUCAGAGACUGGCUGAGCUUCAGGAGCAGCUGAAAGCCGUCCAUGAGCAGCUGGCUGCCCUGUCUCAGCCCCAGGCCAGCAAACCAAAGAAGAAGGAGAAGGAGAAAAAGGAGAAGAAGAAGGACAAGCACAAAAAGAAGGCGGGAGCAGGAGGCAUUUCUGCGCUGGACGAGCUCCCCGAGCCCCCGAUCCCUGCCCUGCCGCCCCCCAAGAAGAGCAAGAACAACAAGGACCCACUGCCUAAGAAGACCAAGAAGCCUGGUAAGAAGGACGGUGUGAAGAAUAACCGCUCCAUCCCUCCACCGGGCCCCGUGCCCCCCACCCUGCAGCCCGUGCCCAGCCUGGACUCGGAGGAGGACCUGCUGGGCUCCGGUGGGGCCCCUGGGGGUCCAGGCGGCCCGGAGAAGUGCAAGCCCAUGACGUACGAGGAGAAACGUCAGCUGAGCCUGGACAUCAACAAGCUGCCCGGGGACAAGCUAGGCCGUGUGGUGCACAUCAUCCAGUCUCGCGAGCCCUCGCUCAAGAACUCCAACCCCGACGAGAUCGAGAUCGACUUUGAGACGCUCAAGCCCUCCACGCUGCGAGAGCUGGAGAGAUACGUCUCGUCCUGCCUGCGGAAGAAGAGGAAGGCUCCAGAAAAGACCAUGGAAGCCCUGAGUGCCACCAAGACCAAGGGCUCCUCCUCUGACUCAGGCAGUAGCAGUGAGUCCAGCUCCUCAGACAGUGAAGAUUCCGAGACAGUGGGAAUGGUAUCCAAGCAGAAGAAGAAGGGUCACUCGGGGAAGGAGGGCAAGAAGCCUCACCACCAGGCCCUGGCGCCCGGCCUGGUCCAGCCCCACAUUGCCCCGCUGCCCCCGCCCCAGGUGCUGCAGCCCAUGGCCCAGCUGAAACAGCAGCAGCAGCAGCCCCAGCACCCGUCGCCCGUGGCCUACAUGCCCCCACCGCAGCCCGUCGCCGCCCUGGAGUCCUCGCAGCUCCUGGAGAACACGUUUGACUCCCUGCCCAACUUUGGGCAGCCCCUCAUGCACCUGUCGCACCACGCCAGCGAGUCCUCGUCCCCCGCCGGACCGCCACCGCACCUGGGCGCACCGCAGCCCGGCGGCACCGUGUCCCCCGAGACCCAUCCUUUCCUCAAUCAGCACGCCGUACUCCCCCCUCCAGCUCUGCACAACGCCAUGCCUCAGCAGCCUUCCCGGCCCAGCAACAGGGCGGCCGCUCUACCUCCCAAGCCCCCCCAGCAGACCAUGUCACAGCAGCAGCAGCAGCAGCAGCAGCAGCAGCAGCACCCCACCCCGCCUCCGCAGCAGGCCCUGCAGCCCCAGCAGCUCCAGCCCCAGUCCCAGCCCCCACCCCCCCAGCCCCAGCCCCCUCAGCACCACCUGCCGCCCCACCUCAUGCACCCCCCGCAGCCCCUGCGCCAGCGCCCGCUCUCCCCGCCCACCCUCACCCCGCAGGGCCUGCUCUCCUCCCAGCCGCCCCAGAUGCUGCUGGAGGAUGACGAGGAGCCCGGGCCCACGCUGCCCCUCACCCCCAACCUGCAGCUCUACCUGCAGCACCUACAGGGCAGACAACAACAACAACAACAGGCCUCCCUGAUGCAGUCCCUGCCUAAUAGACAGCAGCAACAGCAGCAGGCAGGGCAGCCUCCUCUGCUUCAGUCCGUGCAGGUCCAAUCCCAGCUGGCUCCGUCGCAGCUCCCCGCACAGUCGCAGACCCCGACCCAGCAGCUCCAGCAGCAGCAGCAUCAGGCCAGACACAUGCAGCAGCAGCAACAGCAGCAGCAACAACAACAACAACAACAACAACAACAACAACAACAUCCCCAGCAGCAACAGCAGCAGAUGGGCUUCUCCCAGGGUCCCAUGCCCGGCAAUCAGACACAGCCAGCGCCGCAUAAAGUCUCCAUGCCCUCCAGUAAAGCACAGCAGAUCAUCCAACAGCAGCAGCAGCAGCAGCAGCAGCCACAGUCACAGCAGUCUCAGCAACAGCAUCCCUCUCCACGUCAACACAAGGCAGACCCCUACAACACCGGUCACCUGAGGGAGUCUCCUCUCAUGAUGCAUUCCCCCCAGAUCUCACAGUACCAGCCCAUGCACCAGUCUCCCCCACACAACCUGCAACCCAAAAAGGAGCAGAGGCCUCCCUCAGUUCUGGGCGCGUUGAAGGAGGAGAAGCUGCCCCCAUCACCAGUCAUGCAGGGGGAGCCCUUCAGUCCCGCCAUGCGCCAGGACUCCCACAAGCAUCCGGAGCCAAAGGUUAUACCUGUCCACGGCCAACAGAGGGAGCCUAAGUCGUCGGACAGCUCGCGGCCUGUCAUCCGCUCGAUUGAUCUCCCCCCCUCAAUGCAAGAGAAGGACAAGUUCAAACAGGAGCCCAAAACGCCCGUCGCCCCCAAAAAGGACGUGAAGUUAAAGAACAUGGGCUCGUGGUCGAGUCUGGCCCAGAAGUCGACCUCAACACCGUCGUCGGCACUCAAGUCGUCGAGUGACUCUUUUGAGCAGUUCCGCCGCUUCGCCCGCGAGAAGGAGGAGCGAGAGAAGGCCCUGAAGGCCCAGGCCGAGCAAGCCGAGAAGGACCGCCAGCGCCGUGAACAGGAGAAGCUACGGGGUCGAGAUGAGGAGGAUUCGCUGGAGCCGAGUCGGCGGCAGCACGAGGAGCCGCGUCGGAGACAGGAGCCACCACAGGUGCAGCCAGCCCAGCAGCCACCACAGCAGCAGCAGCAGCAGCACGCGUCGCACUCGCAGACGCAGGGCCAGGUCCACUCGCCGGCCAACCCCCAGCCCACGCAGGCCCCCCCGACGCCACCGACCGCCAGCCAGAGUGCUCUGGACCAGCAUCAGAGAGAGAUGUUGCGCCGCCGAGAGCAGGAACGCAGGAGGAGAGAGGCGAUGGCAGCUAUGGUUGACAUGAAUUUCCAAAGUGAUUUAAUGGCCAUCUUUGAGGAGAACUUAUUCUGAGAAUCAUGAUUUUAACUUCCCGCCGAACUGAAAGGAAUAAAUGAAAAAACAACAAUAAACAAACUGCAAAUUCCUUUGGGGGAGAUUAAAAAAACAAAAAAACAAAUGGGAUAACGAAAAUCGUAAACACACAGGGCGAUGGAAUAACGAAUCCUGAACUGGUCCCCGUAGAACCUCUGAAAAUAGCCUGCCAUAUUGAGGCAGGCUGCAUCCACGAGUUGAAGGACGGCCCUGGCCUCCUGCGCACAGAGGUGGGGAGCCCCUUAGCUUGACUGCUGCUGCCGCCGCCGCCUCUAUGCGACUUCAUUUUCCUGCGGAUGUGACGUUGUCAUGGCAGCAAGGGCCUAGGAGGACUUGAUCGGCGUGGCACUUUGUGAGACAGAGCGAGGAGCAGUGGGCUGACGCCACCACCAUGGAGCGGACGAUUGAUUCCGAUAAUGAUUUAAAUAUUCUUGAUUACCUGUCGUUUAAGGCAUCCAAGAACUGCCAUGCGCCGUGGGAGGAGGGCUCAACGAGACAAGAGGCUGUUUUGUUUUUUUUCUCUCACUUUUUUUUCCCCUUUGUUUUUUGGACACAUCCAAGCAGAUUGCAGGGUGGGGAUGGGCACUUAAAUAUGAAAUCUUGGGUUGUCACUUCUCAGGAGGAGGUGCAGCUUGCCUUACGCCUCUGACCUGUACACACACACAUACACAUACACAUAUGCACACACACACACACACACACACGCACACGCAAAUGUACUAUAAAACAGUAUACUCACUGACCUGGACGUAUGAACAAAGAUAUGAUCCAUUAUUUACAAACCAGAGAGGAGUGUUACAAUGUGCAGAUUUUUUUCAUUAUGUUGGAUCUACUGUAAAAAGGUAUUUUCUUAUUCUAUGAUUACUGUUUUGUUUUUCAUUUUCUUUUUUUAUAUUUUAACCCUCUUAUCAAUGCCAUUCUCCAUCUAUGUCUAUGCCAAACAACUAUUUCCUUUUAUGCUGAAGUUCUAGUCUUGAAAUUCUUCAUUUAACUUGUGUCUUUCUUAAAAUAUAAAUAUAUUUUUCUUGUCCAGUCCCCCACCCAAUGGGCCUAGCUAGCCUGAUAGUAAAUAGACUAAUAUAUGCAUUACUCCCUACAAGUGUUAAUUGAGGGCAAAACUCAUAAAAUAUGCAUCCAUUCUUCCAUAAUUUCACUUCACCCUAGUGCAGAGCUCGUAACUACCACAGGAGAGCUCCAUUACAUUGGGCCUUCUUGCUCAGCUGUCCUUUGGUUUGAUUUUUUUGUAAACUAAUUCAAGCAAACUUUGAACAUUUAUGUCUGUUGUACAAAGAGAUGCAAAAUUUUGUAUUUUUCUUUUCUAUCUGCAAACUGGUUCAUUUUCACCCAACAGCAUUGUUAGAAUGGAUCAGAGCAUUAACAUCUAGCUUGUUUGGCUAUGUUGAGCACAGCUGAUGGUUUUUGACAGACGGAGACCCAAGAUCCUUUAGGGAGAGCUCGGAGACGGAACACAAGAUGGAAGCUAGUCUUUGCAUGACUCCUUUUCACAAAUCAUUUAAACUAUGACGAAGCAGAGACACUCUGUAUGCUGUACUAGAUAUAAUAAACACAAAAGAUUUGAAACAUAAAACUUAAAAAAAAAAAAAAAAUCAAAAACAGUUCUGAUUUUAUAUCAUUGUUAUUGUUCAAUUCUAGUGGAUGUGAGUUAUAAUUCUGUUAUUUGAGACAGUGAGAGGGUUGGGGGCACAACUUGAAACCUUGGCGGAUCCUCAGAGUUUCUCUUAUGGUGUUUUUCUCCAGUGCCUGUAUCGUAUUGCGAUUCUAGUUGGCAUAUAUUGCGUUGGGGAGGGCAAGGGUGGGAAAAUGCCGGUUGGCCGAAGGCUUUGGGAAGGGGAGGGGGUGGGGUUUAAGGGGAGAGCUUGUGUAAAAAGGCAAAAAAAGGAAAGUCAGCAUUUUAUAUUUUACCCAAUUACAAUAUUCAGGUUUAAAAAUCUAGUUUUAGCUGGACUUCUAUGUACCUGGUAUUUUUUUUUUUUCUCCCCAGUUUUUGUUAAGUGGACAUGUUGGCACAGACACUUAACCAUUAUUGUCAGUGUGAGUGCAUGUGUAUGAUUGCAUAACUGUAUGUUGUGUGUGUGAUGUAUGUAUGUAUGUAUGUAUGUAUGUUGGUUGGUAUGAAUGCCUGUUAUGGUCUUCUGUGGCACAGGAAGUGACUUCAAAUUCAAGAACACUUCAAAAGAACGAGUUGCUUUGCUAACAACACUCAUUUUUUCCUUUCUCUCCUUUGGAAGUUCACAUGUUUAACUUUAUAUAUAAAUAUAUAUACACAUUACUGGUUCAUUGGCCUAAUGAAAAGUAAAGUAACAGAACACUUUUCAUUACUUCAAGCCUUUACAUGUGUGCUUGCUUUUUCAUGGUAAGAGUUGGAUGUUAAUGUGCCAUAGAUAUGACUCUCCAGAGAAUGUGCUGACCGUGUUGCUCAGCAGCAAGUUUGCUUUAUUCAGGUAUUUUAUUUCACUUUUUUUUUCCUUUUUUUCUUUUCGUUUCAUUUUGUUUUUUUGGGUUUUCGUGUUUUUAACAUUUUCCUCGAUUCUUGUUUGGUAUGUGAGUGGGCUAUCGAGGUCAAUGAUUCAAUCUGUUAUGAUCAUGGAAUAAACUCAUCUCUUUUAUAGAAAAUUAAAAGGAAACAAAAAAAACUA